AAACACAGGCUCCUUUAUAAUUCAAGCCUGUUUUUGUGUAUUUUUUUUUACAGAAAUUCAAAAAUACGGUGAAAAAGAUGGACGAAGAUUUUGAUAUGGAAGAUGCGCUAUUGAUGGAAGCUGCCAGUCAGUUUGACCAUCAUUUCGAAGCGACAAAACCCAGUGAAGAACACUUACAAUGUUUGCAAACAAAUUUCGGUCACAGUGAAUUUCGACCAAAACAGUGGGAUAUUAUUCGCUCGAUAAUCGAAGACAAGCGUGACAACUGUGUGAUUAUGCCCACCGGAUACGGGAAAUCGCUGUUGUUUCAAUUUCCUUCCGUUUAUACAAAUGGCAUCACAUUAGUUGUGUCACCGUUAAUCUCACUGAUGCAGGACCAAGUGAGUGCAUUGAGCGUUGCCAAUAUAUCCGCUUGUUUUCUGGGUUCAGCACAAAGCGAUCGAAAUAUUGAAUGUCAAGUUGAAGCCGGAGAUUUUCGUAUGGUUUACGCUAGCCCAGAGUAUAUCAAUGGAGAACGUGGAAACAAAUUGAUGAAAAAACUCGAGAGCAAACUAACACUUGUUGCUGUUGACGAAAGUCACUGUAUCUCUGCAUAUGGUCAUGCCUUUCGUCCGGAAUAUCGAAAAUUGGGUUGCAUUCGCAAAGAAAUACCAUCGAUUCCCAUAUUAGCGAUAACCGCAACAGCAACGCAACAUGUUCGAGACGAUAUAAUUUCCUCGUUGCGAUUAAAGAAUCCACAAAACGUGUCGAUGGGUUUUGAUCGGCCGAACAUUCACUUUUCAUUUCGUAACAAAACAAGAGUUUGGGACGAUUUGAAGCCGUUCGUUACCAACGUUCGUGGGAGUGUCAUAGUUUAUGUAUUGACAAAGAAAAAGUCCGAAGAGAUUGCAAAUACAUUACGUUCGUGCGGUGUGGACUGUGAGAUCUACCAUGCGGGUAUACCAAUGAAAAAACGUCGAAGUGUUUUGGAUGAUUUUACAAGAGAUCGUUUAAAAGUGAUUGUUGCGACGGUGGCGUUUGGCAUGGGGAUUGAUAAGCCAGAUGUACGCUGUGUCAUCCAUUAUGGAGCAUCCAAGAACAUUGAAUCAUAUUAUCAGGAAGUCGGACGAGCAGGCAGAGAUGGACAACUCAGCAAGGCCAUUACAUUCCAUGAGAAAGGCGACUUUGGACUGCACGAAUGGUUUUUGAAUGAAAAUCAAGAGCAUCAAUCAGAAAGAGUGAUAACACACUUGCGUGAAAUUGGACAAAAGAUGAGAGAUUUUUGUCAUACAACAAUGUGUCGAAGAAAAUACCUGCUAGAAUACUUUGGUUCAAACACAUCACAAAUCCGGCCACGAUCAAAUUGCUGUGAUAACUGCGACAGUGGUUCGAGUCGCGUCACUCUAAGUGAUAAAUACGAAGGCAUCGACGAUGAAGGCAAUUACGAUUUCACUGAAAAUGCCUAUCGUUUACUGAAAGCGAUGAAAAUUACGGGCAAGGUGAAUAUGGCAAUUACAGUGCUAAGAGGUUCCAGCGAAAAGAAGGCAUUGGAAUUUCAAAAAGAUAAGGAAAUCUAUGGAGUGGGAAAAAUUUGGUCAAAAGAGUAUUGGAGACAUUUGGUUGAACAAUUGAAGGAUAAUGAGUACAUCACUAUCAAAAAACUACCACUGCCAUAUCGGCCGAUACAAGUUGUCUCACAGCUGGGUUUGGCCUGGUUAAACAAAACAAACAGAGACCGCUUGAUCCUUGUGGCCAAACCCGAAAUGUAUCAAUACUUUAGAAAAAAGAAGCAACAAGCUUUUGAAAAUAAUAAUUUGAAACCAAGUACGAGUACAAAGCCAGCAACUGAAGUUCGGCAAGGUAUUCAAAGUCUAAUGGAAACAAAAGACAUUGAUGACUAUCAAAUGGAAAUGGAAAUGAGCGAUAAACAUUUGGAGGAAAUUCUACUCGGAAUUCGAGCUAUUUUGGCUGAAAACAGUGAUUGUAUGCCGUAUUUGGUGGCGUCAAACAUUGCCAUCCAACAAAUGGUCGAAAAGAAACCAGUUAGUGUCAAGGAAUUCAAGUCAUAUGUCAUCGAUGGGUUUUCUAUUGCGAAAAUAGAUAAAUUUGCAUCGUUCUUCAUUGAUGGAAUUAUUAAAUUCAUGAAUAAUGAAUUUUGUUUAAGUAAACUUUUGAAGACCUAUCCAUUGAAAACAAAACAAUCUCAAUUGUCACCGCAAGAAACACGACACUUACAUAAACUCAUCCGGAAUAAUCAUGCGCUCACCGAUAUUUGCAAGCAAAUAAAUCGCACUGAGCCCGAAUUAAUUGAUGAAAUUGUAAUUUUGAUUCGAACUGGUUUCCAAGUUACAAAAGGCCAUUUGGCCCCCUUGAUUGGAGCAAGCGAUGAAAUUCUACGAUAUCUCAAAGACAAUGUGACCAAUGAAGACUUUUUGAAUUUGGAUAAUGUUAGUGAGGUCAAAGCAAAAUUUUCCACAAACCCACACAUCACCGAACCAAUGCUGAUGCUGGUUUUAAAUUACUUAAAAGUUCGACAAUUUUUACAAUCGAUUUCUGUUCCAUAUUUUGAUGUGGAUGAAAAUCGUCUUGUUAACGGUCAUACUCUCUUGGGGUCGAAAACAAUUGCGGCAAGUCAAAGCCAACAAAAUUCACAAAACGAAACAUUAUCAAAUGCGAGUGGAAGUGGACACACACCAAGCGAUUUGGAUUUAUCAAAUCAACAUGACCAAUCAUCAAUGGUUUUGGAUUUGUUGGAAGAAGACGAAGACGAUUUUGCGGCUGCUAUUGCAAGUUUCGAUAGUGCGACUGAAAUUAUGGCAGCCAAACCAUUACAUGCGUCACAGAAAGUGAAUCAACAUCAAGAAAUAAAGAAAUUUGAAGCAAAACAACCAACAAAAAUGCCUUCAGCUCACAGCAAAAUACCAGAAACUAAAACAGAAACAACAACCACUACAGCUAGUACCAAACGACCAAAAGCAACAUUGAAAAAACGUCCGGCAGCAACGUAUGCAAUUCAAUAUUUGAGCGACUCCGAUUCAGAUGAGCCAAAAGCCGAUGAACAAGAACCACAGAAGAAACGAGUGAUGCCACAGUGGCUCACCUCAAAGCGAAGCACAACCACAAAUUCAAAACCGAAUCCAGUUCAGAAAAAAUCAUCGUUCUUCGGAUGAGACUGAUUAAAUAAAUAUUCGAAGAAAAGUUCAUUAUUUGAAAGUAAUUUUAUGGAAUUAAUCAUUGAUUUUUUUUAGAUGUAAGAAAAUACUGAGCGUACGUUCAAUUUUGUAAACUUUGUUAAGAAUCACAUAAUAAAUGGACAUUCAACUUCAA